GGGAAUGUUUCCGAACUAGUAAGAAAAAGGCCCAACCCAGGUCGACCUUCCCCGAUCCUAAUCCCCCACCCGCCGCUCCUCUCGACCCAACCGGCGACGUGCUCGCCGCUCCACCCCCAACCGGCGCCGCUGCCACUACCUUGCCCUCAACCGGAGAUGCGGCCACCGCCCUGCCCCCAACCAGAGAUGUUGUCGCCACCACCGUCACCUGCGCUCACCACCGCCAUCGUGGCCCUGACCACCAACCGCGCCUCCGCCGUGUCCUCCCCCUGCUUCAACUGCAGCAGCAGCCUCCCUUCCCCUUGCUUCCACGACGGCGGCAGCUCUUCGUCCCCGACCGGUGCAGCGGCUGCCUCCAUCCCACCCCGUGAGAUCCGCAACAAAUGCCCCCAUCCACCCCGCGGGAUCCGCCACUGCCGGAGCCGCCCUCCGCCCUGCCAUGAGUUGCAGCCCCCGCUUCGGCGCGUCGCUGCCGGCAACAGUUCCGGCGAUGAAGGGCUUCGCCUUCUCAUCGACCUCUGCACGGGGACCUCUGCCGACGGUCGUCCCACCCUUGGUGUUAGCUCAGGCUGCUACCUCGACGUCACGCGUAGAUGCAAGCUGGCCAUGGGGUGGCCACCCCUUGUGCGUGACCUGCACAGGCAUCUAUCGUCGACCUUCUUCGGCGCAUGUCAUCGACCUUCCCCGGCAUCUCUCACGCCAUGCGCGGCUCCCUAUCCAUGUGCCAUAUCCCGCAGGUCUGUCCCUCCUUCCCCGGCUUGAUGUCCUAAGCAGUGGUGGACGCAGCUACCUGAGGGAGCGAAGCCCGGCCUCCCAGCACCCGCAGUCGCACUGGACCCUACAAAAAGUAAAUAAAUCGCAAGUUCAGAAUAAAAAAACCGAGAAGUUCAAAAACAACCUUUACUGCCUUAUGUUGUUUGCCAACAAUCUUCAGUUUCUUCAGUAACUCGUGCACAUUUUGCCUAAGCUAGUAUGUUCAGAAUCUUAAAUUGAUAGUUGACCUACAGGGAUAACCAUGUUGAUGGUGAUUGAAGGAUUCCUAUAAUAUUAUUAUAGAGACUGAAGGCCAACUUUUAUGCAUGAUGUGGGAGGAUCCCAGGAAUUGUUCUUGACCAAUCGAUGGAUUUCGAGAGAUGCAUUCAUUUCUCACAAGUUUCCAGGGGUUCAAGCUCAUUUAUAUAAGGAAUGCUGAAGGUUCAACAGCAGCACACUGUUUACUGUUAAGAGCGCCUACAAAUUAGCAUACUCUCUCAAAUCUCAAACUGGAACACGUGCUUCUUGUUCGUCUAACGAGCUGUAUGACCGAAGUAUUUGGGACAUUAUUUGGAAGUCCAAAGUUCCUGGAAGAGUUAGUAUUCGGUAGGAGGGUCGCUACAGGCACAUUGGCUACCAAGAAGAAUAGGUGGAAGCGCUCACCGGAGACCAAAGUGUUUGUAGUCUCUACUCCUAAUGGAGCAGUUGGUAGUCUCGCUUCCAGGUUUUUUUUCGUCCCA